CUUGAUUGGACAGACGGUUGCUGUGUUGAAAGAGCACCUGCUACUUUCACUUUCACUUUUACACCCAGACCUUAACCUACAGUCAUGCGGUUUAAAUCGCUCUCACGCUUGACACGAUGUAUACCAGACUCGUCCUUGUGCUUCACCAGAACAGCUGCUGUGUCAUCAACUCUGGCCUUGCUUUGGCGACAGAAUCGGAGUCCGAACGAACAUCGUGCAUGCACAGAAAUACGACGAGGUUUUCCUCACUCGCCGGUGUUUGCUGGCCACGCGCGACACGCAUCCUCCACGGGCACAACGGAGCCGCCCCUGCCCCGCGUGUACCUGUUCACGAAGACGGACUGCCAGCUGUGCGAUGAAGCGAAGGAGGCCCUGGAACCCAUCAUGCACAAGUUCGUUUUGGAGGAGGUUGACAUCACACUUCCAGAGAACGAGCGCUGGAACGAGCUUUACCGCUACGACAUCCCCGUGUUUCACGUGUACGAGGAGUUCGUCUGCAAACACCACGUGGAUCUUCUCGCCUUCGAGCGUGCGCUCGAGAAAUAUAAAAAUGGAGUCUUCAGAUGACGUCGUUAUAGACGGGAUAUAUUGAAAAUGACCUUCCUGUUAUGGUUUACAGUGAUGUAACAUGGUGACUAGCUCAUUUGAAUAUUUCUAUAGAUCAAGCAAUAACUAUUACUGGUAAUGAACUUGGAUGCUGUAUACAAACAACUAGUAAUUUUUUGAGCCCUUCAUAUAAUGCAGUAUUCACUCCCGUUCAUACAACUUUCUCAGUCAUCCGCAUUUCAGGAAGCCUUUUGAUACUUUUAACAUUAUUUUGCCAUUUUCUUUACAUGGACAAUGCAAGGUGUCAUUUAGAACUGUUUCCGUUUACUUGAAGUAUCGUGUCCUUUGAUUGGCGUAGAAUCACUAUUAGUGGUAAACCAUCGAUCGUUUUACAGUUUUCUUCGACUUGAGACACCUUAUCCAAUUGUCACCAAGUAGUGCCUAUGCGUUUUAUGGUACUAUGCGAAGACAUUGUGAUUUCCAAACGUGGCUGAAAGUAAAUAAAUUUUAA